AUGGUUAACGUCGACGCUCAGCUCAAGGACGUCGCCGUCCUCGGAGCUCUUAACGAUGACACCCGCAAGAUCCUCACCAAGGAUGCUUGCGCUUUCCUCGCCAUCCUCCACCGGACCUUUAACCCGACCCGCAAGGCCCUCCUGCAGCGCCGUAUCGACCGACAGGCCGAGAUCGACAAGGGCAACCUGCUCGAUUUCCUCCCGCAGACCAAGCACAUCCGAGAGAAUGACGCCUGGAAGGGCGCCCCCCCGGCCCCCGGACUUGUUGACCGUCGCGUCGAAAUUACCGGUCCCACCGACCGCAAGAUGGUCGUGAACGCGCUCAACUCGGACGUGUGGACCUACAUGGCCGACUUCGAAGACUCGAGUGCGCCCACCUGGGACAACAUGAUCAACGGCCAGGUCAACCUGUACGACGCCAUCCGUCGCCAGGUGGACUUCAAGCAGGGCAACAAGGAGUACAAGCUGCGGACUGACCGGACGCUGCCCACACUGAUUGCCCGUGCUCGUGGCUGGCACCUCGAUGAGAAGCACUUCACCGUUGACGGCGAGCCCAUCUCCGGAUCGCUGUUCGACUUUGGUCUCUACUUCUUCCACAACGCCAAGGAGCUUGUUGCCCGUGGGUACGGUCCGUACUUCUACCUGCCCAAGAUGGAAUCGCACCUUGAGGCUCGUCUCUGGAACGAUGCGUUCAACCUUGCUCAGGACUACGUUGGUAUUCCCCGGGGUACCAUCCGCGGUACUGUGUUGAUUGAGACUAUCACUGCUGCUUUUGAGAUGGAUGAGAUCAUUUACGAGCUCCGCGACCACAGCUCCGGUCUUAACUGUGGUCGUUGGGACUACAUUUUCUCGUUCAUCAAGCGUCACCGCCAGAACCCCAACUUUGUCCUGCCUGACCGUUCGGAUGUUACUAUGACUGUUCCUUUCAUGGACGCCUACGUUAAGCUCUUGAUUAAGACCUGCCACCGUCGUGGUGUUCACGCUAUGGGUGGUAUGGCUGCUCAAAUCCCCGUCAAAGACAACCCCGCUGCCAACGACAAGGCCAUGGAGGGCGUCCGUGCCGACAAGCUCCGUGAAGUCCGUGCUGGUCACGACGGUACCUGGGUUGCUCACCCCGCUCUGGCUGCUAUUGCCUCGGAAGUCUUCAACAAGCACAUGCCCACUCCUAACCAACUCUUCGUCCGUCGUGAGGACGUCAACAUUGGCGCUAACGACCUCCUGAACACCAACGUCCCCGGUAAGAUCACCGAGGAUGGCAUCCGCAAGAACCUGAACAUCGGUCUGUCCUACAUGGAAGGCUGGCUCCGCGGCGUCGGCUGUGUCCCGAUCAACUAUCUGAUGGAAGAUGCCGCCACCGCCGAAGUCUCCCGCUCGCAGCUCUGGCAAUGGUCGCGCCACAACGCUUCCACCGCGGAAGGCAAGAAGAUCGACAAGGCCUACGCUCUGCGCCUUCUGCAGGAGCAGGCCGACAGCCUUGCCGCCAGCGGCCCGCGGGGCAACAAGUUCCAGCUUGCUGCUCGGUACUUUGCUACACAGGUUACCGGUGAGGAGUAUGCUGAGUUCUUGACGAGUCUGUUGUACAAUGAGAUCUCGUCUGCUGGUAGCGCUGCGAAGCUUUGA